AGUAUUAGUUUAUAAAAAUUUUUUAAAGAAAAAAGUGAAAUAUCUAGAAAGAACAUAAGAGUGUAGUGCAGUGUCGUUUUCUCUCCGUUGCAAUUCCUUGUCAAUUUUCAUGGCGCAAAAGCUUCUCAACGAGGAGAAUAAUAUUCUUAAGCAAUUGAGAGAUGGUACAGCAAAAUUUGAGAUUGUUUCUUCACCAGUUCCCUCCGUUGUUUCUCCCUUUAAUCCCAAUUCAAGCUUCUUCGGAGCUGGAAGUUCUAGCACUCUCUUUUUCGCUAGAAUUGGUUCAUCCAUUGGUCGACAGUCGGCAGCAGUGAAGAAACUUGAACGUUUUUCUGUUCACAAGGUUACAGGGGAUGGGCGGUGUCUGUUUCGUGCGCUCGUGAAAGGAAUGGCUUACAACAAAGGAGUUGCUCUUAACCAACGCGAGGAGAGAGAGAAUGCAGAUGAAUUAAGAAUGGCAGUCAAAGAAGCUAUAUGUGAAAAUGUAGGAGAUCGGAAAUUAUAUGAAGAAGCCAUCAUUGCUGUCACAGUUGAUGAGCCUUUACAACGUUACUGCAGGCGGAUUGUGCAACCAGAUUUCUGGGGAGGAGAAUCGGAACUAUUGGUAUUAUCAAAGUUAUGUAAGCAGCCAAUUAUUGUGUACAUACCAGAGCAUGAGCAUAGAGGCGGUGUCCGGGGAUCUGGUUUCAUUCCCAUUGCAGAGUAUGGAAGUGAGUUUGUAAAGGGUUCUAGCAGAAAAGCUGUGAGGCUGUUGUUCAGCGGAUCUGAAGAACAAUGUGAACAAGCAUGUGAGAUUGAUGAUUGACAAUAAAUCAGUUAUAAGCCUUGCAAAGAAUCCAGUGCUGCAUGAAAGUAGCAAGUACAUUGACACGAAGUUUCAUUUUCUGCGCAAUCAGAUUUAGAAUGGAGUGCUUGAAGUUGUUCACUAUAGCACUUAGAAGCAAUUUGUAGAUGUUCUGACCAAAGCAAUAAAGGCUGAAACUUUAUUAAUUUGAGAGAUGAAAUUGGUGUUGUUGAUUUUUAGUCUUGAAUAUUAAUUAAGGAACGAUGUUAGUUGUAAUUCAGUUCAAGUAGUUAGUUGUAUUUCAUUUUAGUGUCAUUUGUGUUUCAUUCUAGAUUUGGAACUUGUAUAUAAACUGAAUUUGUUAGAGAUUGAUAAUU